CAGGAAGCCCUUGGCGAAACAGAGAAGUGCAAUACUUUUCUUUUUCUUUUCUUUUUUGGCUCGGCGAGACGACCGUGGUGAUCCUCCGGCCGCGGCGGCUCUUCUCUUCUCUUCUCUUCCUCCCCCCCUCCCUACCCUCCCACCCCGGUGCGAAAUGGCGAAAGAAAACGGCGAGUCCAGCGAUGGAUCUUGGAAAAAGCAUGUCGAUGACAUCAAGAAGAUAUUUGACUUCAAGGAAGUCCUCGGGACCGGUGCGUUUUCUGAAGUGGUGAUGGCUCGGGAGAAGGACACAGGAAAGAUGGUCGCAAUCAAGUGCAUCCCGAAAAAAGCGCUGAAGGGGAAGGAGAUGAGCAUUGAAAAUGAAAUCGCCGUGCUCAGGAGGAUAAAGCAUGAGAAUAUCGUGGCUCUGGAAGACAUCUACGAGAGCUCAAACCACCUGUACCUCAUAAUGCAGCUGGUGUCUGGGGGUGAGCUGUUCGACCGCAUCGUGGAGAAAGGCUUCUACACAGAGAUGGAUGCCAGUAGGCUCAUUCGGCAGGUUCUGGACGCAGUCAACUACCUGCACUCCAUGGGCAUAGUGCACAGAGACCUAAAGCCUGAGAACCUGCUUUACUUCAGUCCACAUGAUGAAUCAAAGAUCAUGAUCAGUGACUUUGGCUUGUCAAAGAUGGAGGGAACGGGAGACGUCAUGGCUACCGCCUGUGGGACUCCGGGAUACGUGGCUCCUGAGGUUUUAGCUCAGAAGCCCUACAGCAAAGCUGUGGACUGCUGGUCUAUUGGGGUCAUCGCUUAUAUUCUGCUUUGCGGUUACCCUCCUUUCUAUGACGAGAAUGAUUCGAAGCUCUUUGAGCAGAUUCUCAAGGCAGACUACGAGUUUGACGCGCCCUACUGGGAUGACAUAUCAGACUCCGCCAAAGACUUCAUCAGCUGCCUAAUGGAGAAGGACCCAGAGAAGAGAUUCACAUGUGACCAGGCUCUUCAGCACCCUUGGAUUGCUGGAGACACUGCUCUCUGCAAGAACAUACACGAAUCAGUCAGUCGACAGAUGCGGAAGAACUUUGCCAAAAGCAAAUGGAGGCAAGCCUUUAAUGCGACAGCUGUGAUCCGCCACAUGAGGCGCCUGCAGCUGGGCACCAGCUUUGGCAGCAACAUUCACAACUCCAACUCCGUGUCCGGCCCUCAGAGCCGCGCUCCAGCCAAGAGCCAGUCUGUGGACUGCACCCCGCUCUCCCUGAAGGACUGCCCCCCAAUAGCUCCUUUGCCGUCUGCUGUGAAAGUGUACAAUCAGGACUCUGACGUCCAGUCUCCGGUGGGAGAGGAGCCAUCGGUGGCGGCCGAGGCCUCGCGGCCACGACCCUCCACUGUUACCGUCAUCCACACUGGGACUAAAUGACGCCAGGUUCCGCGGGAGGUGAGCUGGGAGACCACAGAGCUUUGAGACGGGAUAAAACCAUCCCGUGAUUCAACGUCGUCGCCCAGUUUGCCCAUCCCGCAACCUCCCCAUCUGUCUCUGCCAAACCACGGGAGGAAUUUGAGGAGCGUUGGCUCAGCUCCAUUUACCACGGCUCAGCACGGCACCGCGCUGCUUCCCUUCCCACUGUCAUACAGACCUGGAAGCACAGGGGGGAAGAUGCUCACCAGAAGUUGUGGAAGCCAUGUUCAGCCUGGAUCAUGGUUGUCUGGCAGACAAACAAGCAGCUGGUCUGGAAGUGCCACACUAAAGGGAACUCUUUAUAGAAGCUGCUAUCAUUUUGGACUGCGAGCGUGUGGAGACGAGCACGCUCCACUGUAUGCCUUGUGUAAAUAUCCUGCCCGGAACCGUUGAGUGGAGUCAUGUUAUGCAAGUGAAAUAUAAGCUUCAAGCUGUGGUAAAUAAUUGUGGCAUCAUCUGCACUCUGAACUCUUUGUCGUUUUGACAGCUCUUGUUAAUUUGCUGUGGUAAUUUGCUCCAAUGGCUCGCCAGCGUAAUAACGCCCAACAGUGUGACAGUAUGUCUUUCCUCUUUGCUUUUAUGUAUGUGUGUGUGUGUGAAACAUGAGCAGGACAGUGUGCUUCAAUCACAGCUGUGAUCGCUGAGUGGGCCAGUGCAUUGCACUAAUGUAUUGGAUUAUUUAUUUUCGUACAAUAUAUGCUGACUUUUUUUGUAAGACUGUCACUUGCAGAAAUGUGGAAAUGUGUUAUUAGACUGGACUGAAAAGCUAUUGAAUCGAAUGAUGAAGACAGUAUCUAAUAGUUGUUAAUUGCUGUUUUGUUUGAUGAAUUGAUUUUGAUGUGACUGUGAAGUCCUCCUCGACCACAGGAGGGCAACCACGUGUUGUUGCUGUGUGACCACCUCUCAGGGAUGUGCUCCAACAUGAAGCUAACCAAACCCACUCUCCGAGUGAUCACACACCGCCGAGGGUGAAAUGGCUGAAAAGUAAAAACCUCCGAAUGCUGCAUAUUAUUCUAAUGUGCCAUUGGGAGAGUUUGACAGCUUUCCUUCUUUAAAUCCAUCAUUAUUGAUUGUAUGAGUGUAAUAAAACUCAUUCUGAUUGGAUUGUUUUCCCUUUAAAAACAUUUGGAGUUAAAGUAAGGGUUUGUCGGUAAAGUGCGCGUUAAUGUCUGCAGUGAAAAAUGACAAAUGAAUGCAAAUGUAUCUCGGUUGCACCCAUCGCGGCAUCGUCGAAUCAGUAGCGUGCAGUUCAGUAGUUGUAUUAUCGUGCUCUGCUUCCGCUCACCAAGUGGCUGGUCUGGAAACAGCUCACUCACUCUGUGUUUAAUCACUGUGCUUUCAUACCAGCCUGUUGAAUUUAGCAGAAAGCCUCUUUCUCCUUCUCUCUCCCGCUUGCUCUCUUGAGGCUGUUGCACAGAGAAGAGAAGGGAUCUGACUUUGUGUUUUCUCUGUGGUACUUCUAUUUAAUUUUCAAUCACUCUACAUGAAUGGGGAAGAGAUGAACAUUCCAGCAGAACAUUCCCGAUGUGGAGGGCUUUGCCAUCUUGAAUUAUCUCAAAAUGUUGUGGUGAAUAUUGACUUUGAGCGUCUACUUACUGUAAAUACAGAUCUCAACAACACAGUUAGGUUGGGUUUUGAGUGUUUAUUGUUUUUUUAUUUGUCUUCCCUAUAUUUUUGACCCCAAUAAGAUGAAGAGAAAGCAAAAUAUGAAGCACUGAAAGCCCCUCGGUAUGCAUGUAUUACAUAUUGUUGCAGAAAUGUGCUUUGGAGUUGUAGAGAUUCGUGUAUUAAAAAAGAAGCUUGUUUGCAUGUGUCGUCGCUUCUUUAACAGGGAGUAAAUGUCAAGUUAGUUUAUACACAUUUCUUACAGUGUUACUGAAUACAGGUUGUUAAAUGAUUGUGUCAGACGAUUUAACUACACAAGUAAGUAAAUAUAUAGUAAAUACAGGAUAUAUCAGUAAAAACAGUAUAUUCACACUUAUUCUGCUUCUGGUCAUGUGUUUAGAAAUCAUUGCACAUCUAUUUAAGGAGACCCUGAACCCAUACUUAACAUUGUUUUAACAGCUGGAUAAUUCAUGGCGUUUCCCAAUUGUAGACAGUUGGGUGAUAAACAUGAAUUUGAGCUGAUGACCUGUGGCAGAAGUCUGCUAUAUAAAAUGAUGCAUUACUUCUGUUUGGGAUCUCAGAAUCCUCAGCUGUUAAAGACAGUGGAUUUUCAUCAGCUCUGCAUCUGUGGAUGGUGUUGACAGAACAUUUUAUAAAGUACCACCCCUCCAUAAUCUAGAAUUUGUCUAUCUGGAUUUCUGUUUUUGCAGUUUUUUAAAAAUUAAUUCAGAAAAUGUUUAACAUGAAUCUCAUGGCCUUUAAUUGACACCAAGUAACUUCUCUAUUUAGGACAACAUACUGAUUCUUUGCUCAUUACUUUAUAUGUGAUUUUUAAAUGAAACAGUCAAAAAUUCACUGGUUUCAACUUCUCAAAUGUAAAUAUUUGCUGGUUUUCUUCUUCUGUCCACUAACAUGGUAAAUGACAUAUGUGUCUCUGUUUUUUUUUGUUUUUUUUUUUUUUUAAAUUUUGUUGUUGUUGGUUGGACAAAACAAGUGAUUUAAUUUAGCCAGCUUGGAAAAUUGUGAUUAUGGCAUUUUUCAGUAGUUUUUUGUUAGCUGCAGUCCUAAAAGUAAAGGAUAUAUAUUUUGUUCUUCCAUGGCCUAAUAACUCAUAAAGCAUAAGUUAUUUUCUUAUUCUGUGUAGUAACAAUGUUUUUGAGUUAUUUCUGUAUUUUGUCACAUUCAUUAAAUGAGCAGGCCCAGUUUGUGGCACAGGGAAAGGCUGACCUCUCAAUUCCUUCCUACAUUUUGAGUUUUAAUAAGAAAAGAUGAAGAUUUUGAUGAAAAAGAAUUUGAGAAACUUUUGCAAUUAGUAUUA